AUUUUAAAAACCAUUCCAAUUUCCAUCCCAAGUUAAGUAUGGUGGUUGAGCAAGUCGAGUUUCUCAUUUUAUAUUGGUUUAGAGAAAAUAUAGUACAUUUUUUGCUCUAAGUAAAUUACCGUAAAUAUCAUUUAGGUAACCAUCUAGAAAUGUCAGGAAACAUAAAUCCUUUGGCAGGAACUGCCCAUUUGUUGGACGAACUAGACAAGAAACUUAUGGUGUUGCUGCGAGACGGAAGAACUCUCAUUGGUUACCUGCGCUGCGUUGAUCAGUUUGCAAACCUAGUUUUACACAAAACAAUAGAAAGGAUUCACGUAGGUAAAGAGUAUGGAGACAUUCCUCGAGGAAUAUUCAUUGUACGAGGAGAAAAUGUAGUGCUUUUGGGUGAAAUAGACAGAGAAAAAGAGGAAAGCUUACCUCUGACUGAGGUAUCUGUGGAUGACAUACUUGAUGCUCAACGGCGCGAACAAGAUGCUAAAAUUGAACAGCAAAAGUUACUCUCCAAGGCACUGAAAGAAAGAGGGCUCAAUUUACUGGCUGACUUAGGACAUGAUGACAUGUUUUAGUAUUAUAAUAUAAUUUAAAGAAGUUAUUUAACCUGUUGUCUAUGAUGGUCCAUAGACAACAGUUUAAAUAACUUCUUUAAAUAGCUGUUUAAGUAGCUGAUUUUCAAUUGUUUAUGUACAAUGUAAAGCCAUGGAUUUAGUAAGUACUUUGACGGAGUACCUAGUAAUUCCUUGGGUAAAGCACAUAUAAUUGAACCAAAAUGGCUGUUGUCACUGCAGGUUUAUUUAGAAACAAAAGUGUUAUGAAGUACUUUUUGUGAUUAUUUAUAAAAAAAUAAUCAUAAAAUAGCAGGUUGAUCUGUAAAUGACCCAGAGAAAAUGUUUCACUGAAAUAAAUCUAUUGGAUUGUAAAUUUGAUUGAGUCAAAAGAAUAAAAUUAUUAUUCUACUGAAUUAUCCUAACUUUUGUUAAAAUUUAACUAUACUAUAGUAAGGUUUGUAAAGAAAAUUGUUAAUUAUAUCACUCAGCAAAGAGCAAAAUGAUUAUAUUUGUAAAAGUCUAGAAACUAACAGUAUAGAGCUCUGAAAUCAAAGUAUUAGGUUAAUUAGGAUCUAUCGUAGCUUCAUGCUCAAUAAGUCUCAAGUUUGAUACUGAAUACAAUGUAACAGCUGGGUAUAAGAUUUUCGAUUAUCCAUUUGAUUGACUGAACAUACACAUAUAUUUUCAGAGUUGGACUGUUGGACGCAUGUAAAAAAACUAUAAUAUUGUUUACUUUAAAGACUGUAAUCUACGAAAAAGUAAGUUUUUAUUGAUUUAAAAAUAUAAUAUUGAAUCAGAAAAU